CUGACUUGCAGAGCAUUUCCUCCUGUGGGUUCAGUCACACUGGUCCCAUGGCUGUUUGAGCAGCAGCAUCAGCCGGGAUACUAAGGAAUUUCUGCUGGACAUGGAACAUUUUAUCCAGCAAUAAAUCUUCCCUAAAGACAUAAAUGGAGGAGAGCGUUGAUGUGAAGGCUCUGAGGGCCAGGUUCAACAGCCAGGCCAGGACCUCAGACACCAGCAGCAGAGACAGUAGCUCUCCAAAAUCUCCACGACCUGGUUUUGGGAGAGUGGUCCUACCUGCAACGGAGAACGAGUUGGCUCACAAAAUAGCAUCAACUGUUCCUCCUCGGCCUUAUCAAGGUCUGGCGAAGUAUCCGAAAGAAGAGCCAGUGACAGCCUCGGCAGCUGCUUCUUUUCCUCGACUGCCUCCCGUUUCUCCGGUCAGAACAUCUAUCCACCCCGGAGACACCAACAAGGUCAAGCAGACAGGGGAGAUGCUUCAGAACAUGAUGCUCAGGCACCAAAAACUUCCUGGAGCCUCACUGUCCCCAGCACGAUCUCCAGUGCCAGGUCCAUCUCCCACCACCACGCCUCUUCUUCUCCGACAGCAACCCCGCCAAAAGAGCUCAGGAGAGGUGACCCCUCUCAGGAGGCCCCUGCCCCCAGAGGGGCCCCUGCCUUUAAAACCAAAACGACCCCCUAAUGUCAAUCUGGAGCCCUUUAGGAAGUUUAGGCGAGGAACUUCCCAAUCGGACCAGAGGAGAUGCUCGAUGGAUAUAAGAAUGCCCGUACCAGCGAUGAUGAGUGCCCCAAAACCUCCACAACGAUCCAGCAAACCGAACAGGCUGCCGCGGCAGAUCGCCUCCGUAGACUUUGAGGAUGAACAGGAGACCUACGAUGACAUUGGAAGUUUUGAAAAGAACGAGUCCUGUAGCGACAACAAUUCCCAGCAAAUGGAUAGGGAUGAUGACGAUGAUGACGAUGUGUACGAGUUUAUUGACGAAGACCAGGUGGGGGCAAACCAUCUGACUCCUGAGAAGAACAACCAGAAGGACACAAAGAGUCAAGAGGAACGAGGAAAGAAGGAGCAGCUGGAGCAUCAGAAGAAACAGGCUGAGCUGAAGAAGAACUUUCAGAUUAAAGGCGAGGUGAACGUUCUUCAUACAGCGAGGGUACGGUGUGACUGGCAGGCUGAAGAAAAACUGGACCUCAGCGUUCGACAAGGAGAGAGCGUGGAGAUCCUUCGUGUGGAGAACAACCCCAGGGGCAAAUGGUUGGCUCGUUCUAUGAGUGGACAAUAUGGGUACAUCAGCAACUCCUGCAUGGAUAUCGACUAUGAAGCAGUAAAAAAAUUUAAAAUGCCACCGGUGAGAAAAUUUGACACAUUCGAUUUACCUCCGCCACCCCCGGACCCUCCUGCGAUGUUAAAUAUGGAGUCCAACAACAGAGACAGCUUGCUUCAAGAUGAUGGUGACUAUGAUGAUGUUCAACCGUUGCCUGAGGAUUUCCCUCCACCCCCGCUUGAAAUGUGCAUAAACCCCAAGGUGGAGAAAGAGCUAAGAAAAAAAUUUAAGUAUGACGGACCUCUCAGGGUGCUGCACUGCAUGAUGGUGGAUCCCAACUGUGUCAUAAAGAAGCUAGGGGGAAAAGACCUCCAAGUGACUCAGGGAGAAGUCGUGGACAUCAUCGAUGAAACAAACAGCAAGAAAUGUUUGUGUCGAAACAGGUUUGGAAAAUACGGAUAUGUGUCAAAAUCUCUUCUUCUCCCAAUGGAAGGAGACAUUUAUGAUGAUGUGGACUACCCUGAUGAUGUUUACGACAACGACAAUCCAAACAUGGAUUACAGAAAAAUGUCAAACUAAUCCUGCACUUAAACAUGCGGGAGCAAACUAUCAGAACAAAAACUAAAAACUUCAGGUGUUUCAAGCUAGAAUGUAGUCAAGCGAUAACGGAGAUCCAUCUGGGUACAAAUACUUGACCUGCUUCCAAAAUCUGCUGUGUUUUGUACGAGUUUGGUUGUUAUUUAAAACUUUGCUGAACAGAAAAGGACAGAUUUUCAGUCUGUCCCUCAAACAAACGAGCUGUGUUGUAAACAAGUCAAACUAGUUGUAGUUUUUUAUCAAACCGAUAUGAGUUACAGCAAAAUCAACUACAGUUUUAUAUCUAAACCAUCCAGACAGGAUAAACUAAAAUGGAUACCUGUUUCCAAUCAGAGGACAUUAAAUAUAUUUGAUAAUGGCAACAUAUCAAAACACACACACACAAACACACACACCGAGAAUUAUACAUUUAUUAUUGUACUGUUUGUCAAACUGCUUGUAUAGAAACGUAAUACACUAUUUCUGUUGCUUUGUGUAUUUCUCAGCAUCAAAGAUAAUUUAAAAUAAAUGUGUUACUGUU